AUGUCCGAGUCUAGCACGGUAACGUGGCAGGAUGGUGCCACGUGGCAGCACCAAGUUCCCUGGUGGUUAGCCUUCGUUCCGUGGGCUGGACUAGCAGCCGGAACGCUGUUCCUAGCGUAUCGGCUUGUGUAUGUGCCGUACCGCAUAGUGCGGCUGUGCAGGAAGCAAGGAAUCCCCUUCCUGCCGUUCAAGCCUUUCAUUGGUCAAGCGCUCGACCUCUACCGCCUCACCCCUCCUCCUGCCUCAACGUCCCCCAACCAACACCCCCCUCCCGCCUCCCCCUCCGCCUCCGCCGCCUCCCCCUCCUCCGCGUCCCCCUCCCCCGACUCUCCCCCCUCCACGCACGGUCCGGCUGUGUUCCUUCCGCGGCUGCACGAGUGGCGCCAGCAGUACGGGGACGUGGUCGGGUUCACCAUAGGGGGGACGGCGCAGCUGCUUGUAACGGAUCCUGCACUAGUGAGACAGGUCCUGCUAUCGAGCAGCGGGCGCUACACCAAGACAGCAGGGGCGCGCAAGGCGCUGAGGCUGCUGGGGAACGGCCUGCCUCUCUCAGAGGGGUCGCUGUGGGCCCGGCAGCGCCGCAUCGUCAUCCCCGCCUUCCGCCCCGCGGCUAUCAAGGAAAUGGUGGGGAUCAUGGAUGGACAGGGCCAGUCCCUGGCAAACGCAUGGUCGCAUCAGCUGCAGCAGCAGAGGGGGGGGAGGGGAGAAGGAGUGCUAGAGGGUGCUUGUAAAGAGCGUGUGACUAUGGAGGUGGACGUGCAGGAGAGCAUGUCGCUCGUGGCUCUGGACGUCAUCGGCCUCGCAGCCUUUGGCUCUGCUGUCAUGCACGAGGAGGGCGAGGAGGGUGAUAGGCUCGUGCCUGGAGACGCAGGAAGGGAACGACCAGCUAACGGAGAUUCAGCACCACCAGCAUCAGCAGUACGAGCAGUUCCAGGGGCAGGGGCAGGGGCAGGGGCAGGGGCAGGGGCAGGGGAUCCAGUGCAGCUGUACAACGCGCUGUCCAAGCUGGCAGAGCUGGGCGCCAAGAGGGUCUUCUCCUGGCGCUCCCUAGUGCCCUUCUACGACAUUCUGCCGCUUCCAGAAAACUUUGCCCUCUGGGCAGCCGAGAAAAAGAUCCGCAACCUGACCCUGCACCUGAUUGGCAAGAGGCGGGGUGCAGCAGCAGCAGUGCAUGCGGAGGAAGCAGAUGGCGAGUCAGAGAAUCAACAAGGAGCGGCAAGAGGGCGGGGUGCUCGAGACCUACUGGCGCUGAUGCUGGCAGCACAUGACGAGGCAGGCAACGAGCAAAUGACGGACCAGCAGCUGAUGGACGAAUGCAUCACGUUCCUCCUCGCUGGCCACGGCACCACAGCUCGCCUGCUGACGUGGACGUUCUACCUGCUGGCGAAGCAUCCCGACUGGCAGGAGCGGCUGAGAGCUGAGCUCAAGCAGGCGCUGACUCAGCAGGGGGCACAAGACACGUCAUCGGCCGCCACGGCCAACACAGCAGCAGGAGCAGCAGAAGAGGCAGGGUCAGAGAAAGGUGGAGAAAAAUCAGUACAAUCAGGCCAAGGGGGUUUUGGAAGGGAGGGAGAGGAAGGAGGACAGGAGGGAGCAGGGAGAGUGGGAGCAGAACGUGAGGGAGGGGGGGAAGGGGAAGGCGAGGGGCAAAGAGGAGGGGGACGGGUGACAUGGGAGGUGGUGGCGGCAUUAAAGGCCAUGGGCAUGGUGUUGCAGGAGAGCCUGCGCAUGUUCCCCCCCGUCUCCUUCAUCAGCCGCACGUGCCAGCAGGUAGACACACGCAGGCUGGUGGGGUGGGGGGGUCAAAUGCACGGGAAAGUGGGGGAGAGGAAGGGCACUAAAGGCCAUGGGCAUGGUGCUGCAGGAGAGCCUGCGCAUUUUCCCCCCCGUCUCCUUCAUCAGCCGCAUGUGCCAGCAGCCUCUCCCAUCCAGGCCGCCACCCCCCUCACUCUCUUCCCCUCGCUCUCUCAACCUUACUCUCUCCCCCUCUCACUCUCCCCCCUUCACUCUCUCCAGGCGUGCAGGCUGGGGCCAUACGACCUCCCCCGGGGCACGGAUGUGGUGAUACCAGUGGCCAUGCUGCACUAUGACCCGCGCUUCUGGGGCCCUCAUUCCCUCGACUUUAACCCCGAACGCUUCGCCAAAGGACCAGACGAAGCCUGUUCUCAUCCUCAGGCGUUCCUUCCCUUCGGUUCCGGCCCACGAGACGAUAACGGAUCCGGAGGCGACCCGCGAGUCAGGGAGGCGGAAACCGAGCAGCAGAAGAAGCAGCAGCAUGAAGCUAAUAGCGAUAACGAAGAGGAGGAUGACGGGGAUGAGACGGGCGACGAUUUCGAGCUGCACGACGGGCCGAACGAAGCGGGCGGCGGCGGCGGGUGGGGGGCCUUGAUGGAAGGCUCUCUGCGCGUGUUGCUCGUCGAAGACGACGACUCCACGCGCCACGUCGUCUCGGCGCUUCUCCGAAACUGCUCCUACGAAGUCACACCCGCGUCGAGCGGGCAGCACGCGUGGGAGAUUCUAUCAAGCGGCAGCGGCGGGCGGUUCGACCUGGUGCUGACGGACGUGGUGAUGCCGGGGCUGUCGGGCAUCGCGCUGCUCGCGCGCAUCAUGGGCAAGGAGGAGCUGCGCGGCAUCCCCGUUAUAAUGAUGUCGUCACACGACAGCAUGGAGAUGGUGUUGAAAUGUUUUCAGAGGGGUGCGGCGGACUUCCUCGUCAAGCCCGUGCGCAAGAACGAGCUCAAGAACCUCUGGCAGCACGUCUGGCGCCGAUGCCACUCCUCGAGCGGCAGUGGCAGCGGCAGCGGCAGCGGCACCAACGGCAAGGUGCUCAUGGGACUCGCCAAUCAGCGCGCGCCCAACGCCGCCUACGCCGCGGGGGACGCCGCCACUGCCGCCGCCGCCGCCGCUGCUGCUGACGGCGGUGGUGGGGUUGAGCGCGCUGGGGGCGGAGGGGAAGGGGAAGGGGAAGGGGAGGGGGAGGGGGAGGGGGAAGGGGAAGGGGAAGGAGAUGACGUGUAUAUGGAGAGGGAUGGCGGUGGGAACGUGGAUGCGAAUGGUGGUAGCGACUACGGCAGCGGCACUCAAGUAGCCACCCAGGUGGAUAACCAGCACGCGCAAGCCGCCAAGGCGCAGCAGGCGCGGGGGGAGAAGGGGGGGGAGGAGGUGGAGACGAGACGACAAAACCCUGGUGCCGCGAGGGAUGAUGGGGCAGGAGGGUUGAGAAAGGACCGUUUGCCGCCGCAGCAGCAGGGUAAGGGGGGCAGGGGGGGCUGGGGGUGGAGCGGGGGCAGGGGGGGCGGGGAGGAACGCGCAGUGGCGGCGGAGGCAGUGCGCGCAGCCGAGGCGGUGGUGGAAAGCGCGCAGGCGUCCGGGGAAGGUUCGACUAAGAAAGAGGAGUGUGAGGGGCCGCCGCGGGCGGAAGGGGAUGGGGACGCGGGGGACGAGGCGGAGCAAGUGGCGGAGGUAGAGGCGGAGGCGGAGCGGAAAGAGCAGGAGGAGCAGGAGCAGGAGGAGGUGGUGGUGGUAAAAGGGAGAAUGCUUCGUGCUGCUGCUGCCGCUGGUGCUGCUACAGACCCUGACGGUGGUGGCGACACUGCUGCUGUUGCAGCUGUUGUUGCUGCCAAAAGGGAAACCGGAAUGGAUGUUGCAGGAGCAAUCUCAAAGGAUCUAGUGACAGGAGCACCGGUAGUCGAACCUGAAACUGCUGCUGAUACUGCUGCUGCCACUGCUGCUGGUGCCGGUGCUGGCGCUGCUGCUGCUGCUGCUGCAGAGGUUGUAACACCCGUGGUAACGCAAAUGGUGACUUCAGUGGUUGGCUGCUUACAUGACGGAUCACUCUCCCAGGGGGCUGUUCCUGCUCUUAUCGAGAUGGCUUGUAAGGCGGACAGAGAGGGGAAGAAGGUGAGGUGGAACUUCGGCACAGAGGAGGAAGGUGCAGAGGAAGGUGCAGAGGAAGGUGCUGAAGAAGGUUCUUCUCCUGCUAAGAAUGUAGGAGGCGUGCAAGCGGAGAGACCUCCUGAAAAGAACGUGACUGUAAAGGGCGGAGACGCUCAGAAGGACCUUGACAUGAGGGAAAGUGGUGAGGGGAUGGUGGUGGGAGGGGGGCAUGAGGACGGGGCUGCGGAGCAGCGGGCGGAAGGAGAGAGGAAGAGAGGCCGAGAUGAGCGGGUAGAAGUUGGGGGAGAAGGAGCAGAAGGAGCAGCAGUAGCAGCAGGAGCAGCAGUAGCAGCAGUAGCAGCAGGGGCAGACAAAUCCGAGGGGGUCAAGAGGGAAGCAGAAGCAUUGGGGGGAGGAAGGGAGGAGAAAGAGAGGAGAGUGAGGAGGCGAGUGGAAGCAGACGAGGGUGGGGAAGGAGGGAGGCGAGAUUCGGAGAGGGCGGCAUGGGACAAUGCAGCAAUGCAAGUGGAGGAGACGGAGGAGGAGAGGGAGAGGGAGAGGGAGCAGGAGAGUUCGGGUGGAGGCUCGGGAGGGAAGAUGGACGGCAGCAGCGGGCUGACGAGCGUGCGUGAUGGCGGUGGGAACAGUGGUAGCGGAGGGAGUGGGGAGAAGGGGCAGCAUAGGGAGGCCUCUCCUUUCCGCUACAACUCCACUCUCCCCUCCCCCUUCGCCCACCCCUUCAGUGACUCAUACCCGGCUCCCCCUCCUGCUGCUGCUGCUGCCGCGGCCGCCAUGUUCCAUCCCUUCAAUCCUUUCUCUCUGCUGCCCGGACCCAACGGUUUUCCAGGCCUGGGCAGGUCCACCACGCCAAUGCGAGGAGUUUCACCUGCCCAGGGGGAGGACCUGGACGGGUGCGGGGCGGCAGGGAGCAGCGGGGAGGGGCACGGAGGGAGGAAUGGGAGAACAGCAGCAUUGGGUGCUGGUGCCUCUGGUAGUGCCUGUGGAGCUGCGGAUCUUGAUUCUUCUGCUGCCGCCGCUGCUGCUGCCGCUGCUGCUGCUGCUGCCGCUGCUGCUGCUGCUGCUGGCCCUGUUGGGAAUCCUAAUCCCACUCCGUCUCCAGCGCCCAUUACCCCCCCAGGGCUGCCGCCACAAUCUGGGUUUCCACUUGACGCUUCCUCUGGAAUGUUCCUGCCUCCUGCGUACUAUGCUGCUGCGGCUGCUGCGACGGCAGCAGCAGGGGUGCCCCCUCCGUGGCUGUACGCGCCUCAG